CCGGACGGACCAUGGCGGGGGUCCCGGCGGGGGUCCCGGCGGAGUCCCCGGUGGGCGCGGGGGGCGCGGGCCGCGUGCGGGCGCUGCAGCGGGAGGUGCGGGACGUCACCAGCGCCAUGAGCCACAACGUGGAGCGGAUCCUGGCACGGGGAGAGAACCUGGAGCAGCUGCACAGCAAGAGCCAGGACCUGGAGGCCACGUCCGAGCACUUCCGCACCACGUCCCAGAAGAUGGCCCGGCGCUUCUGGUGGAAGAACGUGAAGCUGCUCGUCAUCCUCGGCCUCGUGGGCGUCAUCGUCCUCAUCCUCAUCAUCCUCCUGGCCACCGGCACCAUCCCCACCUAGAGGCACCGUCCCCACGGGGACACGGGGACACGGGGACACGGGGACACGGGGACACGGGGACACGGCCACCCCGGGCCCAAAUACAGAUGGGGACAGCCACGGGA